AUGGAAGAAAGUAAAGUCAAUCAACUUCCUUUGAAGCGAAGCAGACCUCUGAAACUGAAACUGCUCAUCUACUCUGCUUUUCUCUGUAUUAUUUUUCUCUCUUAUCUCGGGUAUAAAUAUCAUAUGAAUUCUUGUUCCGUAAAGUCAUCUGCAGAAGUUGUGAGAGUAACAACAGAUAAACCGCCAUCACAUUGUAUUCUGAAGAUCAAUUCAUUCUCUGAACUUCAAGAUGUGAUUGGAUUUGGCCUGAUUAUCGUGGUGUUGACUGUCGAUAUUUGCCUCAGGGUGCUGUCUGUAAGACGUUCUGAAGAUUACCUUUCUGUUUAUGUGACAUUGGUUGAUAAUCUCGAACCUGGUAGCUUUGUUGAUGCAGUGCUUCGUUUUUACCUUUAUGAUCAGCUAAGGGAUACCUAUUAUGUAAGAGAGAGGCGAUUCCAUGCUUUGAAAGAUACAUGGGGAGUCCAUAAAUAUAUUCCAAUUUCCACAUUCAAUGAUGCGGAAAAUGGAUAUUUGGUUGAUGAUGUAUGUGUAUUUGGUGCCGAAGUUCUUGUCAUAAACAACCAACUCAAGAUAUCUACUAUGUCGAUUGUUGAAGAAAAUGAUGACAGAAGAUAUACCUGGAGUAUUGAGAAAUUCUCGACUUUGAAUGAUGACUUGUUUUCUCCUGUAUUUCGCUUUGAUGGAUGGUCAUGGAAAUUGAACUUAUUUCCUAGAGGAGAGGCUGAUGAUGGUAAAUGCCUCUCAUUAUUUCGGACGUUUUACCAAAUUGAGCUUUAA